GAGGAGAAACAAGUGGAUACUAAUGAACCAAUGGGUUCUAUUAUUAAAUCCAUUUCACUUUUAUGAGCCAGAGGAUAACCCAGCCCACCUUCUCCUCCACAAUUUCCGGAAGGUUUGCAUUUCCAAUGGCAUGUCUCGGUAUUAGUGCUGCUACUACAGCUAGUGCUAGCAUAAUAAAUCAGGCUGCUGGACUAGUCUGUAAUUCUAAUCUUUACAGCCCUGAAGCCAUAACCAAACACUCCUCGGUCUCUCCAGUUUUUUCUUUUUCUACACCAAAAUUGUCGAGGGUUUCCAGGGUAGGCAACUCUAGCAAACCAAACUCAGUUACGAUAGCCCACCACAGAAUAUUAGUAAUCAGAGCAGCUGAAACAGAAAGCAUGGCUACUGAGAAAUUGGGUAUCAAGAUAUUGAAAAACCCGCCUGAGUCCAAGCUCACUGAGCUCGGCGUCCGAUCUUGGCCCAAGUGGGGAUGCCUUCCAAGCAAAUUCCCUUGGACUUACUCUUCCAAGGAGACAUGCUUCCUUCUGAAGGGAAAGGUGCAGGUUUACCCAGACGGGUCUAAGGAGGCCGUCGAGAUUGGUGCUGGUGACUUGGUUGAGUUUCCAAAAGGAAUGAGCUGCAGUUGGGAUGUCUCCGAAGCUGUGGACAAGCAUUAUAACUUCGACUAAAGAAUUGCCUCAUCUAAUAACCUUUUGCUUCUAUCUGUUCAAAUUUUACCUUGUUUACUCCUCCCCCCACCCCCUCCCCCUCCCCAACCCCCAAAACCAAAACCCCAAAAAAUAAAAAGUUUGUGGUAUACUUUAUGUAAGCCACUUGCAGUGUUAUUAUGCGAAGUUUAGAUGAAACCCGCCAACAGUAUCUGUUUUUAGCAAUGUAAAGUAUGGUCGUACAGAAAAUCUUGUUCGUCUCUGAUUUGAUGUUUAGAUGAUCUAGUGCGUGGUUUCAACUUUCCAACUUUUUUCCUUGCGAAGUGGCUUUUAAGGGGAAGCGAGAGGCCUUGAGCGGUAUGUGUGUUCAAUCUUGGAAUCUGACCCAGUAAAAACUGCAUCUUGUAUUCACAAAAAUGGUUUGUUUGCUGCAUUCUUACUUUUUUAUUUUUUCC